CGGCGUGUGGCUGUGUGUGUACGUGUGUCUGUGUGUCUGUGUGAGUACGUGUGGCUGUGUGUGUACGUGUGUACGUGUGUCUGUGUGUGUACGUGUCUGUGUGUAAGUGCGUGUGUUGCGCGCGCGAAGAUGAGCGAGUGUGGGGUCCGCGCGUCACCGUGUUUGUGAAUAUGAGCGUGGAUUAUGGCGACAGUGUGUGGAGGUGUAUGAACAUGUGUGGGGUUUAUGUGUGAAGUUCUAUGUGUGUCGUGUGUGUGUGUGGUGUACCGUAUGUGUGGUGUGCGUGAAGGUAUGUGUGUGAUAUGUGUGUGUGGUGUGUUUGAUGUCUGUGUGGUGUGUGUUGUUUGAGUUUGAUGUGUGUGUGUCGUUUGUGUGAAGCUCUGUGAGUGUGGUGUGUGUGUUAAUGUGGGGAGCGGUGGCGUAGCGGUUAGCGCGCUGCGUUACGAACCUGGGAACCCGAGUUCGAUUCCCGUAACAAUUAUCUCAACCGGUCCUGGGCCUCCCCUAGGUCGACUCAGCCUCACAUAUUUACCUAGUGCGGUGUGUAAAUAUCGCCACUCAGGAGACAAAGGCGGUCGGGCGUGGUUCUGCCUCCCACCCCGUCGUGUGCCGUGCCGGCCUUCAUAGGUGCUGCUCGCUAACAGGACUUGCUCCUGGGGUCUAAGGCUAUACGUGUCUGUGUGUGCGUGCUGUGUGUGGUGUGGUGUGUGUUGUGAGUGUUUGAUGUGCGUCGUGUGAGUGUGAUGUGAGUGUGAUGUUUGUGUGUGUGGUGUGAGUGUGUUGUGAUGUGUGGUGUAAGUUUGAUGUUUGUCUGUGGUGUGUUUGAUGUAUGUCGUGUGAGGUGGUGAGUCUGGAGUGAGUGUGGUGUCAGUGUGGUGUGUGUGUUUAAUGUGUAUAAUGUGUGUGGUGAAUGUGAAGGUGUGUAUGAUGUGUGUGGGGUGUGUGUAUGAUGUGUGUGUGAUGUGUGUCGUGAGGUGUGUGAUGUGUGUCGAGUGUGUGGUGUGAGUUUGAAGUUUGUGUGGUGUGUGUGAAGGUGGGGAGAGGUGGGGUAGCAGUUAGCGCGCUGCGCUACAAACCCAGGGACCCAACUUCGAUUCUCGUGACGAUUAUCGCAACCGGUCCUGGACCUCCCCUAGGUAGACUCGGACUGAAAUUCGUACCUGGUGGGCAGGAGUAGCGGGGACACACGCCGACGACACGCGCAGCUCACUCAGGAGACAAAGGCGGCCGGGCGUGGUGCUGUCUCCCACCCCCUCGUGUGCCUUGCCGGCCUUCAUAGGGGUCUGUUCGAGUAUCCGCUGCCGUGGCGAUGAAGACGCGAGCGCUGUACGAGCGGCGCACGUGAGCGCGGAUCUGCGGACAUGGAAGAUGGCGCCCCUCUGCGCGCCACAGUAGCCGGGGAGCCCAACCGCGGCGCGACCUCCAUCUCCGCCGCCCCUCGAGUCGCCUCCAAGCCGCCACUGGCGCCCAAGCCGCAGCUCUCGAGACCCGCGCGAGCGAGCGAGCUUCGACUGCUCGCGAGCCCCGACGGGAACGCGUGCGUCUCGUCAGACAGCAGCAGCAACAGCAGCAACAACAACAGCAGCAGAAGCAGCAACAGCAGCCGAAGCAGCAGCAGCAGCAGCAGCAGCGGCAGUCACGGCGGCGACGACGGUCGGGGAGAGCCGGCGGGCGAGAGCGCGACCGCUCCCGUCGGACGCUUGUCCGAUGAUCGUCCCGACAUCAUCAGCACGGGCCACGUGACGCCCUGCUCGUGUCCCGCGCACGACAAGAGCGCGCCCGGCGAGCUCCGCAUGCCCGAGUUCGUGCCCCACCACGGGGGCCCUGCUCAGCGGAGCCUCUCCUACUCGUGGCCCGAGGGGGCCCUGACGGCGCGCUCGUCGCUCGCGAUGGAGGAGGCGGCGUCUCUGUGCCAAGCGCGCUCGCGAGUUCGCUCGCUGGGCCCCGGGAUCGGCUGCGCGGGCGGGGGCACGGGGCCGAGGCGCGCGCGGCCAUUGUUCUUCAGUCACUUUCACGACGGGGACGCACGUGGAGACCUUCACCUGUGGGAGCUUCACCUGUCCCACGCCAGCGCGACGCAGCGCGCGGUCAGAGCCGCCCAGGGAGCUGAUGACGAUCAUAACGACGAUGAUGAUGAACACGUCGAUGGCGACGAUGAUGACGAUGGCGACGAUGAUGACGAUGACCAGGAAGGCCUUGCAAAUAUCAGCGACGGUUUUGUGGAGGCGCGGCAGCGCGCGGACGAGGCGAGCGGGGAGGCGGGUGUGGAGACGGCGUCUCCGGAGGACGCGAGCGUGGCGCAAGGCAGCGGGCCGCACGAGGAGACGGAGCGCGUGACCCCCGCCCCUCACUCCGCGGACGAGACUGAAGCCGCGCGGCCACUGGACGAGGGCGCCUCACGUUCUGCACGAGAAGGUGCCGAUUCCGAGAUUGCGACUGAGAAUGCAGAUUCACUCGCGGAGCGGCAGCAGCAGGAGGAGGACGAGGAGGCGGCGGCUCGUGCUCCCCCCACAGGCGGGGGCGAAGCUGCGUCCCAGCACUCCGUUGUCGAGGCCUCUCCUCUCGCCAAGUCGCAGCCGGGCACCGCGAGCGGACAGGAGGAUGACCACUACUGCGAGGUGGACUCCCUCGUGUCCCUCGCGGCGGAGGAGAGCUCCGACGGGCUCUACUCGGAGAUCCACGGCAUCAAGGACUGGAUCAGCAGCCUCUCGCUCAGCCCGGAGCGCAGGGGCCUCCUCUCGCGAGUCAAAUCCCUCACGGGAAGCUCGCUGUUCCACAGGGCGAUGGCCGACGAUAGCGACACGCACUCCGACACGUGCUCCGAGGGCUCCUUCACGGGCACGCCGCGCAGCCUCAGCUGCGGCAGCCGCCUCGUCAAGGAGCGCUCCUGCGAGCAGAUGGCGAGGAACAGGGUCGGGGGGGGCGCCCCCCCACCCUCCACCAGCUCCCCUCGGGCGAGGGGGGGCCAGGACCCCCAGCACGCACCGCCUCGCCACGGCGCCGCAAUGAUGUCGCCCUUGGAGCGGAGGAAGCGACCCGAGUUCUCGCCGCCGUCGCCCCUCGCGGCGAGGGGGCCCCGCGGGGGCGCGCGCGCCCCGCCGCCGUGGGGGUCCAACCCGGGCGCCUCUUCCGUCGGGGACAUCCCGCCGCCCUUCGAGCUGGCGCCCAUCACGAAGAAGCCGCUCGCCAAGAGCUCGCCGUCCAUCCUCAUGACGCUGGAGCCCCAGGACAAGCACGCGUCGAAGCGCGCCUCCAAAAAGAAGAGCUCCCUCAAGCGGCUGCUGCCCUUCAAGAUCUCGGUGAGGAAGAAGCACGCGGAGCAGCCCAAGCGGCCGUCGGAGGGCGCGGGGCUCCACGCGCGCGGCGCCGAGGCGGAGGAGCGCAGGCACAAGGGGCCGCGCGCUUCCCCGGGGAUCCAGCGGGUCGUGGCUCUCGGGACGCGCGGGUCCAAGGAGCACGGCAACAGCAGCGGCGGCAGCAGCAGCAGGCACAACUACAGCGGUAGCAGCGGCGGGAGCGGCAGCAGCAGCAGCAGGAUGAUUUGCCGGGUGGAAUCGUUUGAGAGUCGCCCACGACCGCCGCACGCGCCCCAUCCGCUGACCAAGCCGCGCUCCAUCUCGUUCCCCAACCCGAGUCCCUGCACGGAGUACGAGAACGUGCCGGUGGGCAACAGCGACUACGAGAACAUGACGCCUCCCGUGCGCAAGAGCAGCAAGCGGUUCGCGGCCAAGGCGAGUCAGCCCAGGGGCUUCUUCGGGGACGAGGCGUCCGCGCGGGGAGGCGGCGGCGGCGGGCAGAGUUGCAGAGGGGUCCCGCGCAGGGACGCGGAGGGCAGGGGGUCCGGGGAACGCGGGAGCGACACGGACGGAUACGUGGACAUGAGCAACUUCCCGUGUCUGGAGGCGCGGCGAGCUCCGAGCUGCUCGUCCAGGAGGAGCGACGCGACACCGGGGGGCAGGGCGGGGACCUACGGAGCGGACGCGCCGUCCGAGGAUGACGACGAGGAUGAGGAGGCGGGCGGUGCCGGCGCACGGCUCCACCACCACCACCCCCACCACCACCACCCCAGCGCUCCACGCGCCGCUCAGACAGAGGAGGAGAAGCGGAGCCGUGCAUUUGAAAUUGCUCGGGAAAUCAUGCGCUCGGAGAAAAGCUUUGUUGAGUCUAUCAAGUUGCUCCAUUUGGAGUUCCGCGACGCGGUGGCGCACGCGGGCCACGCGCAGGGCUGGCCCGUGCUGGAGGACCGCGCGCUCGGCCAGAUCCUCUCCUACCUGCCGCAGCUCUACGCGCUCAACCGCGAGCUGCUGCGAGACUUCGUGGAGCGCGUCUCACGCUGGGAGGAGAGUCCCCGCAUAGCGGACGUGUUCGUGCGCAAGGGCCCUUACCUGAAGCUCUACUCGGCCUACGUGCGCGAGUUCGACAACAACAUCGCCGUGCUGGACGAGAGCUGCCGUGCCAUCCCGGCCUUCGCAGCGCUCGUGCGGGAGUUCGAGAGGAGAACUUGCUGCGGAAACCUUCCGCUGAAACACUUCUUGCUGAAGCCCGUGCAGAGGAUCCCGCAGUACAAGUGGCUCCUGACCGAUUACUUGAGGCAUCUGUCCCCGGACUCCCCAGACUACGCGGACACGCAGGCGGCCAUCGCCAUCAUCAGUGAAGUGGCUUCUCACACCAACGACUGCAUGCGCCAAGGGGAUAACUUCCAGAAGUUGCUGCAGAUCCAGCAGAGUCUGCAGGGCAGCCCCGAGGUGGUGCAGCCAGGACGCGUUUUUCUCAAGGAAGGAACUCUGUUUAAGCUGUGCCGGAAAGCGCUCCAGUCUCGCAUGUUUUUCUUGAUGAACGACGCUCUUCUGUACGCCACAGCCCAGCCGAGCGGGCGCGUGAAACUCAACAGCGAGAUCUGCCUGGGCAGCCUGCAGGCGAGCAAGCCAGCAGUGGAGACGCUCGCCAACGAGCUCCACUUUACGACCCCCGAGAAGACGUUCAUUCUGUCGGCAAGCUCUCCGGAGGAGCGGGACGCAUGGCUCGACGUCGUGUCUCUCGCCGUGGAGGACUUCAAGCGCAAGCGCUCGACGUUCCGCAGUGUGGGGCAGAGCGCAGGCGAGGAGGGUGGCGAGGCGCGGGAGGGGGAGCCGGGAUCCCCGCUCGGGGCCCAAGCCCCGCCGUGGAUCCCCGACGCCCGGGUGCCGCUCUGCAUGAUCUGCCUCUCCAGCUUCUCCCUGACGUGGCGGCGCUACCACUGCCGCGCGUGCGGGAAGAUCGUGUGCCGCGCUUGCUCCGCUCACAAGUUCCCGCUGAAGCACCUCCGGGACAAGCCGGCCAAGGUGUGCGACCCGUGCUACAGCUCGCUGCACGGCGCCUCGGAGAUUGGCUCGCCGAGCGUCCCCUCUCCACGCCUCCCUGAGCGUCGCCACAAGGAGCGGCUGCAGCACGGCCCGCGAAAGGCCGCUGAGCCCAGCGCGAUGAGCGGGCCCCUGGAGCGGAUGCGCGGCGGCAAGAAGCACUGGAAGUGCCUGUGGUUCGUGGUGCGGGACCGCGUGCUCUACACCUACCGCACCAGCCAGGAUGCGGCGCCGUGUGAGACGCUGCCGCUGGACGAGCUCACGGUGACGGUGCCGGUGCUGCCCCCGGCGCCGCACGCGGCUCACCCGACGUUCCAGCUGCUGCAGCGCGGGCGCGCCGUGUUCACGUUCCGGGCGCCCGACACCGAUACGGCGCAGAGGUGGGUGGAGGCCCUGCAGGAGGAGUUCCUGUAGCUAACGCCCGCACCACCGCCCGCACCUACCGCCGGCACCACCGCCCGCACCACCGCCGGCACCACCGCCCGCACCACCGCCGGCACCACCACCCCCGCACCACCGCUGGCACCACCGCCGGCACCACCGCCGGCACAACCACCGGCACCACCGCCCGCACCACUGCCGGCACCACCGCUGGCACCGCAGCCACCGCCCGGGGCUCCACUCUCGCCGCCGUCUGUACGGCUACCGGCGCGUUCCACUGCGACCAGGGGGCUCUCGCAGGCCUGCGGUCGUUUUUGACGGUUUUGAUUUAACGCGCGAGCGUUUUAAAGACCUGCCCCUGCCCCUUGUGCCACGGCGGCCAUCAAGAGGAGGGAGGUGUUGACGGCGCGCGAUGUCACCGGCCCUGCGUUUGUCAAUAAAGAUCGUCGCAGAGCGCCGCGCGGGGACUCCGCUUUUGUUGAACGACGGCGACGGCGUAGAGAGUGCCGCGGUUCUCAAUCGCCCCCCACCCACCCCCCAUGCACCACCGCCACCCCUCUCGACCACACUUCAGCUGCAAUACAGAGAGGGAACACGUGCACACACUCGUCAACACGUGUUAGUGAGGCAUCUGUUUCACAUUGUGUGUGAGUGUGAUUUGUGUUAGUAAGGCACAACAAACUAAACACAAAAAGCAGUUUUAAUGAAAUGUAAAACUCAAUUUUUCUUCACCUCCCUCUCGUGUUUUCUUUAGUCAACACCACGGCGAGAAGCCGCCGAACGGGCCCCGCAGUGUCCCCGCGGUGUCCCCAGCGGUGUCUCCUCACGUGAACAAACUCCCCUGCUGUGCCCCCCUCCCCUCUGUCUCUAUGCACAGCGGUAGCCACAGUUGAACCUUAUGGCGGGACCCCGGGGUCCCGAAUAAACGGAAGUCAAAAUCGUAA